UGUCUAUAUAAAUGGACGUGUACUACAUGAUCUGGCAAUCCAAAUCAUCCAAUCCAGUCGCCUCUUUCAGAAGGGAAAGCAGAGAGAAAGAAAGGAGCUAGAAGGCCUCGAGUGAAGUGAGCAAGCCAUGGGCUCGGCAACAGUCCUGGAGGUGAUCCUCGCCAUCAUCCUGCCUCCCGUCGGCGUCUUCCUGCGCUACAAACUCGGCGUGGAGUUCUGGAUCUGUCUCUUGCUGACCAUACUGGGGUACAUACCGGGGAUCAUCUACGCGGUGUACGUGCUGGUAGUUUAAGCAACAGCCUCUGCUGCAGGGUCCAGGCUUGGACGAGCGAGUCGCUGUGCAAGAGCAACUGAUGCUGUCUGUGUUAAGAUAGCAUGUCUUUGUGUAUGCUUGUAUGUAUUGAAUAUUGCGGAUUUCAUUUAUUUGGGGAGCUCGGUAUUGUCGAUCCUGUGAUGUCACGAGUGUACGUAGCUCGGGGACUUUAGGGCAUUCGUCGGCUGUAGUGUUUGUGAUCUUAAAUUUAAAGUAUUGGAUGUCCAAA